GCGCCAUGGCGGCCGCGGGGCGGCUGGAGGAGCUGGAGCUCAGCUCUGAAGAGGCAGAGCGGCUCCAGAGGGCUUUUCGCGACGAGAAAUUCCGGGCGCUGUUCGCCGAGUACGCGGCGGAGCUGGCCGACCCGGAGCAGCGGCGGUUGUACGAAGAGGAAGUGGCGGCCCUGGAGCGGGAACGCGGCAUGGAGGUGCGCUUCGUUCACCCGGCAGCGGGCUACGUGCUGCGGACCAGCCAGGCCGGCUCCCGCCGCUGCUACCUCAACGUCUGCAGCAACCCGCACGUCGGGACGCCCCAGGCUCGCCCCGAGCCCGGCGGCCACCGCUGGGCCCUGCCCUACAGCUUGGCGCCAGGCCGUGAGGAGCUGGGUCGCGGCGGCCAACGCCGCCUGAUCUACGAUGUGGUUUUCCACCCGGCCGCCCUCCGCCUGGCUGCCCGCAGCUCCCGCUUCCGCCGCCUGCUCAGCGACACGGCCUUGGCAGCCGUGGAGCGCCACUGCUCCGUGCAGCUAGACCGCGCCAACGCCACCGUCCUCCGCGGCACCAAGUAUAAGGGUGUCCCGCAGGCCCCCGUCAUCCGCACCCCGCUGCCCGGCGGUGCUCCGCCACCGCCCGCCGACGGCGACGCUCUCCUGCCACCCUUCCCUUUUCCGCCCACCACUCCACAGCCGCCUGCCGCCGCAGCCGCCCCCUCAGCAGCCCAGCCCUCCGGGCCCACCACGCCGCGCUGGAGCAUCCGGCACCGCUCCUACGUUGACCUGCAAGACUACCGGUACUGCCGCGACUCUGCGCCCAGCCCAGUGCCACGGGAGCUGGUGGUGACGGUGGAGCUGCCGCUACUCCGCUCCGCCGCUCAAGCCACACUGGAAAUCCACGACCGGGAGCUGCGCCUCGACUCCGAGCGUCCCGCCUACCGCCUCCGUCUCCGCCUCCCCCACGCCGUGGACGAGCACGGCGGGCGAGCCGCCUUCGACAAGGCCCGGCGGCAGCUCGUGGUGACGCUGCCCGUGGCGCGGCAGCCCGGCCCGGAGGGGCCGCUAGACGUGGGUGGGGAGUCCCGGGAGGAGGCUGAUUCUAAGCCCGGUGCGAGGAGUCUGGGCGGGGAGCCGCUGGAGGAGGCCGAGCUCCGUGCGGAGCGGCCAGGCGAGCCGCCGGCGGCUGAGGCAGGCGGUGAAGUGGCUUUUCGUCCGGGCCCCGUUAGCGACGGGGAGUCCGACGAGCCAUCCCCGGGUGGGGACACACCAUCGUCCCGUUCUGGCGCUGCUUCCCCCAGCCCCGAGCCGGGCUUUCCCAGCGGGGAAGCCUCUCCGUGUGCUGCCGAGAGCGUGGUCCCCGGUGACAUGGAUUUUCCCCGGGGCUCUGGCAGCGCUGAGGCCGCCAUGUGCCCGCCCUUCCAGUGCCGGCAGGAUGAGACCUCCCUCACUCUGCUCCUGCAUGUGCCUGGCAUCCAGGCCCAAAACCUCAGUGGGGACGUGGGCACGAACCACUACAGCCUCCGUUUCUUCAGUGACACUGGUGCCUAUGCCCUCUUCCUGCAGUUCCCUCCCGCAAACAAGCUGGUGUCCCCCGAAACCAGCCUUAGCGUGUCUGCCCACAACGCUGCCAUCGGGCUCACCAAGGCCCCCGACAGCACCGGGCCCUGGGACAAGUUCUGCUUCGGCCUUGACGCCUCCACUUUACAGGAAAGACUGUUUAUCAGUGAAGAAAACAUUGAUGGGUUUCUAGACACUGUGCUGUGCCCUUCCUUUUGCUCCCAGCCAGCAUUGGAAAGUCAGCCGUUAAUUGAAACUCUUGAUUUUACUGAGGACAGGAUUCGAAUCAGGUUGAAGCCACAGGAAGCAGCCUGCUCUGACCGGUAUGGAACAGGAACAACGCUCAGCAGCUCAGGAGGAGAUCCUGCUGAAGAAUCAAACGGGAACUGCCCCCAGACAAAGGCAGAAACAAAGUGUACCACUGCUGAGACAGACGAAGGAGAACGUGCUGCAGGAACCAGCACAACUUCCACGCCUUCUGCAGCAGCUGAAACAAUGGGAAAAGUAGGUUGUAGUUCACACCAUUGUUUGCAGCACGAACCUUCUGACGUGGGUUCAGCAACUCCUGACCAGUCUACUAGAGAGGAACCAGGUUUAAAUAGUGCUGUGGCAGCAGGCAAAGCAGCAGUAGCCACAGGCUCUGACAAACGAACGGGAGGGCAGGUGGAAGGGGCUGAAGAUGAAGGGGCUGCACCCUCAGGAUCGAAAGAGAGCAACCAGUACAAUCGAGCAGCCUCCCCGGCCCUGCGAGAAGUCAGCGCAGAGGAUGGGAGCGUACAGGUCGUUAGGCUCCAUGCAAGGCCCUGCCCAUUCGUGUUUCAGAAUGAUUUCCUGUAUGAUUUGGACUAGUUCAGUUAUCUGAGGAUUUCCCUCUGUUAUUUGAAGCUUUCUGCCAUUUCCACCUUCUGCUGUAGGGCUAAGAGCAGAACACAAGUUCCUACUGAAACUGGAUUUUGUUCAUGUUUUUAAUAUUUGGGGUUUUUUUGACAUUGACAGGUUGGAUUUUUCUAAUUAUAGGUAUGGGCUGAAAGAGUUUUACUGCCAAGUGAGGUGCAGCUGAAGGUGAAUCUUUGCUGGGGGAGGAAAACACAUCUUUAUUUACACAACUUUUUUAGUUUUCUUGCUGCAUCACUGGGAGUAUUUGUGUAUUUGUACAUUUCCUCCUUCACUGGCUUCCAGAAGAACUGCUCUGUGCAGUCCAGGAUCCAUCAUCCUUCAAACCUUUCAUUCUGCAAUAACCAACACAGGUCUAAUCCUGCAGUUUUGAGCCAUCAGAUGAAUUUUCUACUUAGAGGAAGACAUCCUAAUUAGUGUCUCAGAAAUAGCCACCUAUUCCAUCCUAGGAUGUUACUUAAGGUCUGCAGCACCUCACCAUGCCCCCAAGUCUGCCAGCUGGAUUCCAGUGUGUGGUAAAAACAUCAUCUUCUCUUGUUGCAUGUCUCUCACCAUCAGGUUUUGUAAAAUGGAUCCACUUUAUCCAUUUGCUGAGAUCUACUCCUUAAAGCCAGUUCAUCUAGAGCUCCAGCAAGCCCUGGGCUGGUUCAGCUCCCUAGAAGAACACAACUAAAAAUAAACUUCUCAGUUCCCUUUCA